AUGGGUUUCGUUAGACUUUAUACCGUGUUUUUAGUGUUAUUUCUGUGUAAAGCUACUAAUUCAGCGUCCAUAUUAGCCGUGUUUUCUUCUUUGUCUUUCGCUGAUCACCUUGUAUUCAGGGGGUACAUAUCUCUAUUGACACAAAGAGGGCAUUCUGUGGUGCUUAUGACGCCAUAUCCGGGCCAUUUCCAAUAUCCAGAUGUAGAGAAAAUAGUAGAAAUAGACGUCGGGGGAGAAUCUGCACCUUUUUGGAACGAAUAUAAAGACCUUCUAAUAAAUACAGAUGAUCAUUAUUCAAGACAAAGAGAGAUAAAUGAACUAAUGUUAAAAAUAGCGAUCGCUCAGUUGAGGUCCAAGCAAAUGUUAGCUAUAUGGAUAAAUCCGAAUAUAAAAUUUGAUUUAGUGAUAACUGAAGCAGAUGUUCCUCUGCUAUAUGCAGUGGCUGAAAAGUAUGCUGCUCCUCAUAUAAGUAUUACUACAACUACAGGCCGUAUACAUCAGCAUGAAACGAAAGGAAAUCCGAUUUAUCCUAUUUUUUAUUUGGACGUGAAUACACUUUAUAAUGCAAAAAACAUGACCACUUGGCAAAAAGUAGUAGAGUUCUAUCGUUUGAUCAGAACCAGAAAUGAAUAUUUUUACAAUUAUAUGCCUUUGUGUGAUAUGGCCGCUAAAAAGAUUUUGGGACUCAAACGUGACCUUUUGGAAGUAGAAAACGACAUAGAUCUUUUGAUGAUUGCCAACAAUCCCAUUUUAGCUGGAAUAAGACCCUCCGUUCCAGGAGUUGUUUAUGCAGAUCGUAUGCAUAUCAAAGCAAGUGUAUUGACACCGGAUUUAAAAACAACAUUGGAUUCUGCUACAAAAGGCGUUAUAUACUUCAGUUUAGGAGCGAUACAAGACUCUGAGCAUUUGGCGGUACCGCUUCUGCAAAUUAUUACAGACGUUUUUCGUAAAUUGCCUUUCACUGUGUUAUGGAGGAUCGGCAAUGCCACUGCAAUCGAUAUGCCGCCAAAUGUAGUGGCAAAGCCUUGGUUUGCGCAGCAAGCAGUUUUAGCGCAUCCAAAUGUCAAAGCUUUCUUAACUAGCGGUGGAUCGAGAUCUUUGGAAGAAGCAGUUUAUUAUCAAGUACCGAUAGUUGGUCUUCCGCUAUUAAGAUCCAGAAAUCAUUUUAUUAAACAAAUAACUCAGUUCAACGCUGGCGUGAUGUUGGAGCCUAACAACUUGGACGUGGAAAUUAUGAAAUCUGUUAUAAUUGAAGUUGCAACAAAUGAAAAAUACAAAAAAUCUAUAAUGCAGCUAAGGGAAUUGGUCGUUGAUCCUGUAAUAUCUGGUCCUGAACGCGCGGUAUGGUGGACAGAAUACGUUUUAAAGAAUAAAGGUGCGAAGCAUUUGCGAUCUCCUGCCGCCGGUGUCGGAUUUACCCAAUACUAUAUGCUAGAUUUAUUAUUUUAUAUCUACUUAGGAAAUUUGUUAAUGAUUUAUUUGACCCUCUUAAUAUUUCGCCUUAUCCUGAGACGGUUAUGUGCUCGUUUUUUUGGCAGCACAGAUUCAGACAGCAAAUACAAAAUACUAUAA